UCUCAAAUUCCUUUCAUGGCGAAGACUCUCAUCUCAUCCACACCGUUCGUCGGCACAUCUCUGCCGUCCGUCUCCCGCCGUGGGUCCUACACUCUCCCCUACCGCAGCAACGGACUCGCCACCACCAGAAUCAGGUUCAGCCUCCACGACUCCGUUCCUCCGAUUAAUCCCUUCGACCACUCCCCCGUCGACUUCGCCUCGCUUUUGAGCCGCGCCGAGGGGCUUCUUUACACGAUUGCCGACGCCGCCGUCGCCGUCGACCCGAGCUCCGCCGAUGCUGCGGCUCAGAAGAAUGGCGGGUGGUUCGGCUUCAUCUCCGACGCCAUGGAGUUCGUACUCAAGAUUUUGAAAGGCGGACUCGAUGCCGUGCACGUUCCGUAUUCAUACGGUUUUGCAAUUAUACUGCUUACGGUGAUCGUUAAACUUGCCACACUGCCUCUCACAAAGCAACAGGUGGAAUCGACGUUAGCGAUGCAAAACCUUCAACCAAAACUUAAAGCCAUUCAAAAAAGAUAUGAGGGCAAUACGGAAAGAAUACAACUUGAGACAUCACGGCUGUAUCGGCAGGCAGGGAUUAAUCCAUUGGCAGGGUGUUUACCAACUUUGGCCACAAUACCGGUUUGGAUAGGUCUAUAUCAAGCUCUUUCAAAUGUGGCAAAUGAGGGAUUGUUGACAGAAGGUUUCUUUUGGAUCCCCUCUUUGGGUGGCCCAACAACAAUUGCUGCUCGACAAAGUGGUUCUGGCAUUUCGUGGCUGUUUCCAUUUGUGGAUGGACAUCCACCAUUGGGCUGGUCUGACACUGCAGCAUACCUUGUUUUGCCUGUCCUCCUUGUUGCUUCUCAGUAUGUUUCAAUGGAGAUCAUGAAGCCUCCACAGACUGAUGAUCCAGCUCAAAAAAACACACUUCUUGUAUUCAAGUUUCUUCCCCUCAUGAUUGGUUACUUCUCCUUGUCUGUUCCUUCAGGAUUGUCAAUUUACUGGUUCACAAACAAUAUCCUCAGCACAGCACAACAAGUAUGGCUGCGCAGAUUAGGAGGUGCAAAGCCUGCUGUGAAUGAGAAUGCAAGUGGAAUCAUUACAGCAGGACGUGCAAAGCGAUCAGAUUCUCAGUCAGUAGAGGCUGGCAGUAGAUUUAGGAAGUUAAGAGAAGAAGAGAAAAAGAAACAAUUGAGCAAGGCUACAAAUGAAGAGGUUCAGACUUCUGAUUCUGAAGAUGGUCCAAAUAAAGAAAGCAAUGACAAGGGGGAGGAGGUUCUAGAAGAGGUGUAUGCUUCUAGUGUUGGAAAAGAGCUUCCAAAUGAUCCUCGACCAAGGAGAAGCAAGCGAUCUAAAAGGAAGCGUGCCGUAUAAAAUGACCAUAUACUGAUUAAGUUUGUAAUUCACGUGUUGAGCUUGAACUGAACUGUGGCCAGCAACAAAGAAAGCUAAAUGUAUUAAAUCUUGAAGGAAACAAGGUACAAUCUAUUCAGUUGUAUUGCAUUUUCUUUAUACUGAUGAAUCAUGUUCAAAUGUUUGUUACAUUUUCUCACAUUAUUUAGAAAGAAAGAAGAAGAUAGGCCACCUUUCGUGCCUAGGAUUGGUUUAUAUUGGAUAACUCACUAAAUUCAAGUUUCGUUGUUGGAGAAACCGAGGCCAACUUCCAUACAUUGUCUACAUAAUGGUAACAACAUACCUUGAAUCUAGUGCAUUAUCUAGUCCAAUCCAAUCAUAAGCACCAAACGUAGCCGAAGUGUCUUACCUGAUUCAAUAGCUUGAACAUAAGUAGUGUGGUGGUGGUAUUGAGAAGCUGCAAGCAGGAGCCAAACCAAGAGAAGAUGAGUGGGAGUUUGUCUUCUCAUGUUGAGCAUGCUAACAGUGAAUAGGAAUGUUCUAGGAUGUCUGGUGUGGCAGGGCUUCUUAUAAGCAGGAAGAAGUAAUUUUAUAUGCCACGUAGGCAUUGCCCUAAUCAUAUCCAAAAACUUGUGGGAAUGUUUUGUUAGAAAGUUGGAUGGGAAUCCUAUGCCAUUUUAGACACAGUGAAUACACAACAUGUAGAAAUCUAGGUUGCUUGCUCCUCAUUAUUUGUUGACUUCUUUGUACUUAUGAUUGCAUCCAUGAUAGAUCUAUUGAGUACUCGAAAACCAUGCUGUCGGCAACUCCAA